AUGAGUUCUCACCCAUGUUACUUUGGAGACUGUGAGACUGCAGAUAUUCUGGAUUUGGUGUUUGUUAUCUUGCAGACCAUUGUGAUAAUAAUUCAACAAGGAUACGAAGCCUCUCUGAAUUGCGAGGGUUUAGAACUGGCCGAAACCACUGCUGAAACUGGGCCUCCAGCAGAAUCCACAGACUCAGCAAAAUGGCAAAGGCGCAGGAGCCGGCUGGCCGGCAGGGAUCACCGGCGGUUUUACCAGGAGCGCUGGAAGAUGGACUAUCUGAUGGACUAUGACUGCCUGAGGCACGGCCUGGUCUGCAUGGUGUGCGGCAGCACCCUGGCCACCCUCAAGCUCAGCACCAUCAAGAGACACAUCCUGCAGAAACACCAGGACACCAUGCUCCUCACUCGCUCCGAGAAGGAGGUGGUCAUCGCAACCUGGGUCGAGCAUCUGGUGAACCACAGCUACCAACAGGAGAAGCCAGAUGCUCUGGGGCUUGAACCCAUAGCAGUCCACACAGAUCUUGCCCCAGUGACAACUCCAGCCCUGGACACCGUCCCGGCCGAGCUCGCUCUCAGCCCGGAACCAGCCCAGACGAUGCCGACACUGAGGGCUGAAGGGGUCGGGCAGUCGAGGAAAGGCGGCCCCCCGGGGAAGGAGGCGGUGCCCCGGCGGCCGGGGAAGCCGGUGCGGCGAUAUUACCAGGAGCGCUGGAGGACCGAGUACCUGAUGGACUAUGACUGCCUGCGGAACGGCCUGGUCUGCAUGGUGUGCGGCAGCACCCUGGCCACCCUCAAGCUCAGCACCAUCAAGCGGCACAUCCUGCAGAAACACCAGGCCUCACUCAGCCUAACUCCCAGCGAGAGGGACGUCGUCAUGGCAUCAUGGGUGGAGCACCUCCUCAACCAAUCACAGAUCAACAUCGAGCAGCAGGGGGCGGGGCCCGACCGUCUCACCCAAUCACGCAUUGAGCCUCAGUGGGCGGGCCCGGCCUCCGGCAUGGCUGACCAAUCGCGGCCCAAGCAACGCAGCACGUCGCCGGUGCGUCUGCACCAAUUACAGAUCUCAGCUCCGGCCCUUUUUGACCAAUCAGGCUUCGAGCAGCCCGGGACGGAGGCCACCUGGCAGCACUUCAACCAGUCACAGCCCGGCGGUCAAGAGGCGGGGCCGGCUAGCCUCCACCUCAACCAAUCACAGACUAACGGCCAAGGGGCUCGGCAGCCAAGCGUCCACCUCAACCAUUCAGAGACCGUCAACCGAGGCACAGGACCGCCCAGCGCCCACCUGAACCAAUCACAGCCCGACAGCCAAGGGGCGGGGCCGCCUGUCUUCAGCCUCAACCAAUCACAAAUGAACAUAGGUAAGCGCGAGGCGGCGCCUGCCCUGUUUAACCAAUCAGGUUUCGAGGCGCGAGGAACCAUGACAAUCCAGCACUUCGACCAGCCACAGAUCGACAUCAAACUACAAGGGGCGGGUUCAUCGCAGCGUUUUCACCAAUCACACGUCGAAGGGCAGGGGGCGGAGCCACCUUACGACCUGCACCAAUCAGAGAUCAAUGUCGACCAGCGAGGGGCGGAGCCAGAACCCCCUGCAGUUGCCGAGCUGUCUGAUUCUCUUGGUGCCAGUUCCAUUGUGAAGGUGGUGGGUUUCCCAGUGUCGGUGGAUCAGGCGCAGCUCCCUGUUGAUCAUAACCGGGUCGGGGAGCAGUGGACAGUGCAGCACAGCCCCCUGGCCAGGUUGUCCAGUAAAGGUGUCCGCCGUUACUACCAGCAGCGCUGGCGGGUGGAGCACCUGAUGGAUUAUGACUGGUGGCGGCACGGUCUGGUCUGCAUGGUCUGUGGAAAAUCCCUGGCUACGCUGACCCUCAGCACCAUCAAACGGCACAUUCUCCAGAACCACCCACACUCGCUCAACUUCAGCCAGGCCGAGAAAGAGAACAUUCUGGAAGCCUGGAACGAGAGGGCCUUGCAGCAUGACUGUACAGCGGUGCAGCUGCUGAUGCCAGGACUGGGUCCGAGCUGGUCAGCUGGCAAGAGGCCUCGCUGCCUUUACCAGGAGCGCUGGCGGUUCGACUACCUGAUGGACUAUGACCGCUGGUGGCACACUCUGGUCUGCAUGGUCUGUGGGAAAUCGCUUACCACCAUCGCCCUCAGCACCAUCAAACGGCACAUUCUCCAGAACCACCCACACUCGCUCAACUUCAGCCAGGCCGAGAAAGGGAACAUUCUGGAAGCCUGGAACAAAACCACGUCUCAGCAGGAGAGGGCAGUGAUCAAACCGUGGACUUCAGGGAAAGGGGAAACCCCAGCUCCGAACGUUCAAGCAGCAGUUGCAGGGGAAAUUGCCAACAUGGAGUUUGCCCAGGCUGUCGAUCCAGAGUGGGAUGGACAAAGGGAUGGGGGACGGAGUCCUGCAGAAAUUGAAGUGUGUGUGGAGGAGCAGGAGCUGAGCUCGCCAGUGCGGACAGUCAGGGGGCGGGUACCUGGAAGGGAUCACUGGCGCAAUUACCAGGAGCGAUGGAGGCUCGAGUACCUGAUGGACUACGACCGUGGGAGGCACGGCCUGGUCUGCAUGGUGUGCGGCAGCACCCUGGCCACCCUCAAGCUCAGCACCAUCAAGAGGCACAUCCUGCAGAAACACCAGGACACCAUGGGCUUCACGCUGGCUGAGAAGGUCAUGGUGGUGGAGGAGUGGAACAAGAAAAUCACCACCAUUGCCAAGAUGGACUUCUGGCAGCUGCCCAGUAGCGGCAAUGGCAGCUCUUCCCAGCACCCAGGAGUGAUCAUCACCACCCAGCAUUAACAAUUGGCCCACGCACACAUC